AUAAGGACCGAAAGUCUUUGCUUGAUUCUUCCAAGUUCUUCAGGUUUCUUUCUCUGUGGUUUGAUUGAUUUUUCACAUCCAUCCAUCAGAUCGAGCUCGAAAUGUUGGGAGUGGUUUCCAAUUCCUUCACUAGAUGUUCUUUUUCUUCAGCAGAAAAUCCAAUUAGAUUCUUCAAUAGUAACAAGUCACUUACCACUACUAGUACUAGACUCGGAGCUUCUUCUUCAAUUUCAGAAUUUCCUCUGGCAAGCAAAAUCGUCGUCACAAAUUUGUCUCACUCGACCAGUGAUGCCGUCCUGGAAAAGAAAUUCUCAAACUUUGGUCAAGUGGUAGAAGUUAAGCUAGUGACAGAUGAAUCAGGAAAGAGGUCAAAAGGGUUUGCUUUUAUACAAUAUACUUCCCAAGACGAUGCUGUGCUUGCCUUAGAAAGUAUGGAUCGCAAGUAUAUUGACGGGAGGCUGGUUUAUGUAGAUAUUGCAAAGCCUGUGACUAGUACAUUUGGGGCAUACCCAAGAACCUCAGGACCCCCUAAAGAGCAAACUCCGUAGAUGUAAGUAAAUGAGACAGAUACCAAGCUUUCACUGGAUGUGAAUCAUUCUAUAAAAGAAGUAUCAAUAACUGUAUAGGUACGAAUGUAUACCGGUGUACUAUAUGUUGUAGCAUUUGAGUGAUUAUGCAGGUCUAUUUUCAAUGAGAGUUUGGAAUCAUGGAUGUAAUAAUGGUUUUGUAUGUCAAUUUCAAUCAGUAGUUCGUUGUAAGGUUAAACCAGUUGCAGACAAUUCUUAAUUGAUGCUUAGUUGCAAGUGAAUUUUAAGCAGACUUGGAAGAGUA